GAACUUCAGAAUUUGAUUUUGUUAAUCCUUUAAGCAAAGAGGGUUCUUUUCAAAAUAAACUAAAAGUCUAUAAUCGAAAAGGAAAACCUUGUCAUAACAAUUGUGGAAGUUUAAUUGAAAAAUUGGAAAUUAACCAAGAAAAAAUCACUGAAAAAAAACCGAAAGAACGAA